AUGACUGUGAAGCAAAGGCGAAGGGGAUUGCGGAGUCAGUGGUCAGGUGGGCCCUGUGGAGCCAUGGGCCCACAGCGCUCACUGGACUUGUUGUACAAACCCUUGUCCUGGGGCGCAAGGACCUUGCAGGGGCCUGUUCCUGACCUGCUGCCGCCAAGGAGACUAAGUCAUUCCCUUGGGGAGCAAGAGGCGGGGAAUGGGAUCAAAGGAGGUGUUACUCUCUGGGCGUCUAAAAUGUUAUCUCUUGGGGGAGGUGGGAGGAAUUGGGAGACUGGGGUUGACAGGUAUAUACUAUUGAUAUAUUGA